CUUGUUGUAAAGUAGGGCAGAUCAGCUGAAAACCAGGUACAACAAGGUGUGCACAUCGAACGUUAACCUUAUUAAGGAAAAGUGUCUUGUCACAGAUUGAUGAUGGCACCUUUGGAUCUGAUAGAAGGAUGUAAGAUAGCGGCUAUUUUUUCCACUGGAUAUAUGGCCGGAGCUGGAAUUUACAUUUCCCUGGUGGAAGUUCAAAGCAGACGAUCUUUGCCAGCCAAAGCAUUGUGGCAGCAGUUUACGAGAAGUUUUAAAAUGGCGGCCAAAUCAAUGCUGGCUUCCACCCUAGUCACGGCUGCCGCCCCCACCUACCUCUAUUUCGCCCUUGAGGGGUCGCCGUCUCGGAACUUGUGGUUGGUGUCCCCUGCCUGUUUUCUUAUUGGGUCGAUCUAUACCUUCACGAUUAUCAUCCCAGAGGUCAACGUUAUUCUGGACGAGAAAGUUAUAGAGAAGAAAGGUGAGAAGUGGUUGGAAGACGCGGUAGAGCGAUGGAGUAGUAGACAUCUCUUUAGAACUGUUCUGAAUGCAGUCAAUUUUGGCUGCAUGAUUCUGGCUGCGAUUCGAUCAUAGAAAAGGAAAUUUAUCAACUUACUGUUCCUGACCAACUAAACUGCAUUGGUCAGUUUUGAUGCUUUGUGAUUUCUACCUCUCUAUGUACUGUUUUGUGUAUGCACUUUUCUUCUUUUAGUGUUUUUGGAACAUGCUGAAACGUGUUUAGUAAAGCUCAUUGCACGA